AUGAAAGCGACUAUAUCUGAUAUUGAACUUGUCAACCGCACCGGCACCACCACCGGUAUCUUCUCUUCAUACUUUGCUUUGCCGGUCUGCAUUGUUUCACAACGCCAACUUUUAAUCGAGGCUCCUGGGUUAAUCUUGGACACCUUUCAUAACAAACCCAAGAUUCAAACUAUAGGAGUCUCUUACGGGCUACAUUGGCUGGCUCAACUAUAUGAUGCAACCAUUUAUCAAUUUAUGCUUCCUAUUGUCACAAUUGAACACAAUGGUAGUAGAGUGUUUAACGAAAGUGAAAGGGAGUUUCUAUUUGGCGUUACGUCAAAUCAGCCGUCAACAUUAGGCCGUUACUUUCUGACCGCAGCCUAUCUCAUGCUCAACCAUGAUGAGAACACUUUUACAUUCUGGCAAGCAAAUCCAUCGAUGGCCACAAAUUCUGUCCCUACUAUAUCUAAACACACGGUUGAGAGCUGUGCCAAUGUAACUACAAACGGCACAGUGGUAGUUAACGGAACUCUCACAACAGAGCCUGGAGCAAGCGACACAACCGGAUUCAGUCAUCCAGCAACGGAUGCUAAGUCCGAAGAACAGACCGGUCUUUCUCGUGGUGCGCUUGCAGGUAUAGCUGUCCGCAUUUUCUCAGUAGUGGUUGUCAUCGCUGCAGUUGCCAGGUGUAUGUUCCGACAAGAGAAGCUUAAGCAAGAACCAAGACCUACUGAAGUUGUAUACCAACAACCUCCUGCAUUUGUGCCGAAUAAUGUAAGUUAUGAUAGAUAA